AUGGAGAAAAUUAAGGUGUGGGCUAUUCUUUCCAGCAUGCAACUCGCAAAGGGCAGUGCCGUGCGGUGUGCGGGGUCCCUGUCGCCCUGCUGGCCGCAGGAAAACGCCGGCGUGGAUGUCUUUUGUCGGCCGUUUAAAGCCGGCAGCCGGCAACCCCAUCAAACAGACUUGUCGCACGCUGCUGCUGGAAUGCAAUCUCGUAAUCGAGCCGCUUCCAAUCGGGCGGGGCCGUGUGGCAUUGCGGCUGGCUUGGGCCACGGCCGGCGGAUCGGGAGAAAUCGCACAGCCACAAAAGGCAAA